AUGAGAAGAGAUAGAAAUCAAGGAAACCAAGGGGAAGGAAAUAGAGGACCAGGAUUAUAUCAGCACUAGAAAGUAGAUAGAGAGAAGACUUGCCCUUUUUUGCUAAGAGUGUUUGUUAAGGAAAACGGUAGGCAUAUGUUAGAAGAUUUCCUUGAUGGAAAAGUGCCUGAGUAGGAUGAAAUUUAGAUAUACACAUGGAUGGAUGCCACUUUGGGUGAAUUGGCAGAUUGUGUGAGAAAGGAAGUUGAAAAUGCCCGCAAAAAAGAAGCAGAUCUUCAAUUCUCAUUCAUUUAUCCUGACUUCAAUGGCAAAUACAGGCGAAAAUUUGUGGGAGCUGUAUUCCAAGGGCAAAGAAAUCUAGAGUAUAAAGAGACUUUGUAGCAGCAUAGAUUUGUCAUAGGAGAUUACAUAGAUUUAAGUAUUUACAGUAGACAAGAAAGUCAAAGAAAUAAUGACCGAGACGAUCCUAAGGAUUACUCUAAUAGAAACAAAGGUGAGAUUCGUAGAAGGGACGAUGAGCAUAAUGUAUUAAAUACUCUAAGAGAUUUGAGAGAUAUUGAUGAGAAAAGAGAAGAUAGAAGAGCUGUAGGAUAAGCAUAUAAUGGCAGAGGACAAGGCAAAGCUGAAGAAUCUACAGAUAAAUUAAGAGUAGAGAGAAGAGAUAGCAACAGAAUUGAGAAGGAGAAUACUGGAGGAGAUAGAGAUAGAAUAAAGCCUAGCUUCAAUGAAAAAAAUGUCAACAAAAAUGAUGAUAGAGAUAAUAGAUUGCAGAAAAGAUCUAGAUCUAGGAAUAGAGAUGAGAGAGGUCCACAACGAAGUGACAAUAGAGCUGCAAAUAGCAGAGACAGAUUUCGAAGAGAUAGAAAAUGA